AUGGGAACCGCCGCGAAGGCCCUUGAUCAACACCGUGGUGUUAUGGCUCGUUUGGAGGAUGCUCUCGCAGUUGCAACGACUACUUUACAAGAUGCCAUCCGGGUGAACAGGGCUGCUUUAAUCAAAUUUGCGCUCGAUGAGGCGAAGGAGGUUCCGCAUAUUAAUACGCAGAGAACGCCGCAGACACAACACGAAGUUGUCUGGUCUAGAUUCGUAGAGGAGACCAAUAGUGCCCGAAUCGGUCUCGGUCUCGGUCUUGGGCUCCGUGGGGAAGACUCGCCUCUGCCGUCUCUUUCAGAGGCCAAGCAGAUGGCGGAGGCUGCGCACGCACACCAUGCCGAUACUUAUAGUCAGCUUUCGGCUACAAACGGCAAACUGGGUGGACUGGUCAGGGAAGUAAAAAAGCAGGAGACGAUUCGGGCUUUGGAGGCGAGCUUCGCGGUGUGGCGAGGAUUAGAAGAUAUGCCAUGA